UUGGUUAAUAAGUGGAAAUUUCUAUUGUUUGUGGUAGAAGAAAGUUAUCGUAGUUUUAAAACAAUGUUGCUCCAGGAAAGAAUUUUAAUGAGAAAAAUCAGAAGUAGAGAAAAGAAGAAAUUGAAACUACUGAAGUUAAAACAGGAAUUAGCUGAAGAUGCACAUUCCUCAGACCCUGGUGUCAUUGAAUCUCCUACUGUCUGUUCAAAACAGAUUACAUCUAGUAAUGUCAAUGGAAGUAAAAGAAAAGAAAAACCAGAAGAAACGGAUGAGAAAUGUCUAGACGUGAAAAGGACAAAAAAGAAGAAGAAAUCACAGUCGGAACCAAGUGAGAAUGCUGACGGUGGAACUUCAAAUAGUACAAACAAUAAUGAAAGUAAUGAAAUAAAAGACCCAGUUGAAGCUGUUGAUAGUGAUAGACCCGUUCCUAUAAAAUUAGAAACAGGAGCACCAUUUUCAGCCUUAGAUGGUCAUGUAUGUAAGAAAACACUGAGAGCUAUAGAGGAGAUGGGUUUUACUAACAUGACUGACGUUCAGGCUAAGACGAUACCACUACAACUGGCAGGGUACGACGUUGUGGCUUCUGCUAAAGCCGGUUCUGGGAAAAACUCUAGCUUUUCUCAUACCUGCUGUUGA